AUGGGAAUGGCAGUUGAAGAGUCACAGUUUCAUGUUUUAGCUGUUGAUGAUAGUAUAAUUGACAGAAAGCUCAUUGAGAGGCUGCUCAAAACCUCUUCAUAUCAAGUUACUACCGUAGAUUCUGGUAGCAAAGCUCUGGAGUUUCUGGGUUUGCAUGAAAAUGACCGAAUUACCCCUAAUGAAACUUCUGUUUCUCCGAAACUUCAUCAGGAAGUGGAAGUGAAUCUUGUUAUUACAGACUAUUGUAUGCCUGGGAUGUCUGGCUAUGAUUUGCUCAAGAAAAUUAAGGAAUCAUCAUCUCUGAAGAACAUACCAGUAGUCAUAAUGUCAUCUGAGGAUGUUCCUUCAAGAAUCAGCAGAUGCUUGGAGGAAGGAGCAGAAGAGUUUUUCCUCAAACCAGUGAGAUUAUCAGAUGUAAAUAAGCUCCAUCUGAUGAGAACCAAAUGCUGCAAAAAUAUUCAAAAUCAAGAAACUCAAGAAAAUAAAGAAUCUCCAGAAAUUCAACUACAGACAGCAGCACAAUCCAAUAAUAAUAACAAGAGGAAGGCUAUUGAUGAAGGGAUUUCUCCAGACAGAACAAGGCCUAGAUACAGUGACCUUACUUUGACUCUGACAAGCACAUCACUUUCUCUCUCUACAAAAUAUUCUCCCUCAAGAAAUUCCUUCUUUUGCGACCGAAAGAAGCUUUCUGAAAUCCCAGCGGAAUAUCAGGUGGUAUUGUGGUACGAAAACUAA